AUGAAAUAAAUCUUGAUUAUUAUGUCAGUCUAUAGAACAAUUUGGUAUUGAGAAAUGUGGGACAAAAUCUUUUCUUAUUAUUUGUUCGUUGAGUUCACCACCACUCAAUGAAGAAAUGGAAAAGCUAACUUGAAAUAUCUGCAUUGACUAGGGAGAACAUAUUAUAGAGCAUUUCAAUCAGAAGUGUAUCCAUAAUGUCUGGAGGUGGUCGAGGUGCGAACCCCCAUGGGCUGAAACAGAUUGGCCUUGAUCAGAUCUGGGAUGAUUUAAAAGAAGGAAUAAAAAAUGUGUACAGUCGACAAAGCAUGCCUAAAGUCAGAUAUAUGGAACUGUAUACUCAUGUAUAUAAUUACUGUACAAGUGUCCACCAAUCAAGUCCCAGUGGACAGAGGCAAUCACGUGUGCCGACCAAUCGCCGCGGCCCAAACCAGCCAACAGGUGGUGCUCAAUUUGUAGGAUUAGAGCUAUACAAACGACUGAAAGAGUUCCUGAAGCAAUAUUUAGUCAAUCUUCUCACAGAUGGGCAGGAUCUACUGGACGAGCAGGUUUUGUCGUUCUACACGAAGCAGUGGGAGGACUACCAGUUCUCUAGUCGUGUUCUGAAUGGUGUCUGUGCGUAUCUUAAUCGACACUGGGUCAGACGGGAGUGUGACGAGGGAACAAAGGGCAUCUAUGAAAUUUAUUCGUUGGCAUUGAUUACAUGGAGAGAACAUUUAUUCCGGCCAUUGAACAAGCAAGUGACAAAUGCAGUCCUGAAGCUGAUAGAAAAAGAGAGAAAUGGGGAGACAAUCAACACCAGACUAGUCAGUGGUGUCAUUAACUGCUAUGUGGAAUUGGGGCUGAAUGAGGAUGACCCCACCAGUAAGGGCCCCACCCUGGGGGUCUACAAGGAACACUUUGAGACCCCAUUCCUGGAGGACACAGAGCGGUACUAUACAAGGGAGAGCACUGAGUUCUUAAGACAGAAUCCUGUCACAGAGUACAUGAAAAAGGAGGAAGCUCGACUGAUGGAAGAGCAGAAGCGAGUACAGCUGUACUUACACGAGAGCACACAAGAUGUCCUCGCCAAGAAGUGUGAGAAAGUGAUGAUAGAGAAACACCUGGAGGUAUUCCACUUCGAAUUUCAACAUUUGUUGGAUGAUGACAAAAAUGAAGACCUAGGAAGGAUGUAUCAGUUGGUCUCCAGGAUUCAGGACGGCUUAGGACAGCUGAAAUGUCUGCUGGAGACGCACAUCUAUAACCAGGGUAUAGCCGCCAUAGACAAGUGUGGAGACUCCGCUCUCAAUGAUCCUAAGAUGUAUGUACAGACAAUUCUUGAUGUCCACAAGAAAUACCACGCCCUUGUUAUGACGGCAUUUAGCAAUGAUGCAGGAUUUGUUGCUGCCUUAGACAAGGCCUGUGGAAGAUUUAUUAAUUGUAAUUCCGUCACUAAAAUGGCCAACUCCUCCAGCAAGUCCCCUGAACUACUGGCCCGAUACUGUGAUUUGUUACUCAAAAAGAGUUCUAAGAAUCCAGAGGAAGCAGAAUUGGAGGACACCUUAAAUCAAGUGAUGAUUGUGUUCAAGUACAUUGAGGAUAAGGAUGUGUUUCAAAAGUUCUAUAGUAAGAUGUUGGCUAAACGUCUAGUACAGCACAUGUCUGCUAGUGACGAUGCCGAGGCCAGUAUGAUCUCAAAACUCAAGCAAGCCUGUGGCUUUGAGUAUACAUCUAAACUCCAGAGAAUGUUCCAGGAUGUCAGCGUCAGUAAAGAACUGAACGAUCAGUUCCGAGAUCACUUAAAGAAAACGUCGGAAGAACCUCUGGAUAUUGACUUCAGCAUACAGGUCCUAAGUUCUGGCUCCUGGCCUUUCCAGCAAUCCUGUGACUGUACUUUUGUUCUCCCUCAAGAGCUUGAGAGGAGUUUCCAAAGGUUUACGUGUUUCUAUAACAACAGACACAGUGGUCGAAAACUGAACUGGUUGUAUCAUCAUUCCAAGGGCGAGCUGGUCACUCACUGCUUCAAGAAUCGCUACACUCUGCAGGCAUCUACAUAUCAGAUGGCAGUGUUACUACAGUAUAAUACUGUAAACAAACUGACAAUGCAGCAACUGGAAGAAAGCACCCAGCUCAAAGCUGAAACACUGCUUCAAGUGUUGCAGAUUUUAUUAAAAGUUAAAUUAUUGGUUUGUGAUGAUGAUGAGAAUGACCUCCGACCUUCAUCUUCUCUGGAAUUAUUCUUUGGAUAUAAAAACAAAAAAUUACGUGUGAACAUAAAUGUGCCUCUGAAAACGGAAGUGAAAAUGGAACAAGAGACAACACACAAACAUAUAGAGGAAGACAGAAAACUUCUUAUACAGGCUGCUAUUGUACGUAUAAUGAAGAUGAGGAAAGUGUUGAAGCAUCAACAGCUGUUAGCUGAGGUCCUGAAUCAGCUUUCUUCUCGAUUCAAACCCAGAGUACCUAUAAUUAAGAAAUGCAUAGACAUUCUGAUUGAGAAGGAAUAUCUGGAGAGAGUGGAGGGACAGAAAGACACCUACAGUUAUCUGGCCUGAGUUUCACCGGCUUUUAUUUUAAUGUACAAUAUGCUACGAAAAAAGGAGUUACCGCCCCUAGGUGAUUUAAUCACCACUUGUUAAUCAGCUGCUUAACACCCCAGCUGUGUGACACGGCCCACCUGGAACUCCGAUUUUGUGUUUGAUGUUCGUUAUAAGAUCAUCAUAGCUUUAUCUGACCCUUCUUGUGUCUUUAAUAUAGAUGGAGGAAUAUCAUUUGUUUUCUGACAUAAGAAAUGACCUAGGUUCCUCGGUGAGCAAUUGUACAAAGAAAUUCUAUUUAUUGACUUCACACUGUAUUUUUUACUUUCUGAUGAACAUAUGAGACAUUGGUGCCGUCAUGUCUGACUCCCAGGAAUAUGUUCAGAGGGGGAUAUAAAUAGACAAAGUGCUUGCCACAGAAACUUCAAAGGCUGAAUCUGUGCAUUAUUGAUUCUGUGCAUUAAGUUUGUAUAUUGUUGGACAUACAGAUUUGACAUAAUUUUUUUUGUUAAUCUAAUUUUUAUUUUAAUCAUAGUUAACAUAGCAUAUUGAUUUUAAGCCAUGUUUGAAAAGUGAGAAUUUAUUAUGUGCAUUGCCUUGUGAUAUCUUGUAUAGAUCACUGUGUUAAAUUCGUAUGUGUGAUGCCAGGGAAGAAACGCACAUGUAACAAAUAUUUUAAAAGUACACAAAUCAACCCAUGGAGAAACUGUCGCUUCUUGUAUUGAUUUCGGUGAUUUUUCUUGUUACUGGAUACAAUAUUGAAAUCUUUCCUGAUGAUGGAAUAAUUUUCUUUUUCAAUUAUGUACUUAUAAUUAAAAAGUAAAAGUAUCCAAAAGUUGCACCUGACAGAAUAAACACUUUGAUAAAUAUCAGGUUACAAAACUAUUUAUACCCCACUGAAGGAAAGGGGAGUAUACUGUUUUAUCCUUGUGUGUCUAUCUGUCUGUCUGUCCGCCUGUCUGUAUGUGUGUCUGUCCAUAACAAAUUUUGGUCGCAGUUUUCUCAGCAACUACUCAUGAUGCUUGAAAUUUUAGCACACUCUUUGUUUAGGCAUGCCAUAUGGUGGGAUUCAUUUUUGUAUGAAUCCGAUGUCAACUUCCUGUUUAUCUGUGUGUCUGUCCGUACCAUAAAUAACAAAUUUUGGUCACAGUUAUAUCAGCAACUACUCAUCACAGAUGCUUGAAAUUUUAGCACUCUUUGUUUAAGCAUGCCAUAUGGUGGGAUUCAUUCAUGUACGAAUCCGAUGUCAACUUCCUGUUUAUCUCUGCGUCUGUACAUAACAAAUUUUGGUCGCAGUUUUCUCAGCAACUACUCAUUGCAAAUGCUCAAAAUUUCAGCACACUGUUUAGGCAUGCCACAUAGUGGGAUUCAUUUUUGCACAAAUCUAAUGUCAACUUCCUGUUUAUCCGUGCAUCUUUCUGUACCAUACAUAACAAAUUUGGGUGGAAGUUUUCUCAGCAACCACUCAUCGCAGAUGUUUGAAAUUUUAGCACACUCACUGUUUAGGCCUGCCAUAUGGUGGGAUUCAUUUUUGGACAAAUCCGAUGUCAACUUCCUGAUUAUCACUGUGUCUGUCCAUAACUGAACUUGUGUAUUCACAUCAGAGUGGGGGUAUUAUUAGUAGGCAUUGGCUCACAGACUUCUUGUUCACUUCUUUUUAAAUAGAUAAAAACAAUCAGCUUUGCUUUAUUUGAUCUAUUAUUCAAUGUUUACAGUUACAAGCUCAGUAUUUCUACUACCUGAUAACACGAUAUGGCUGUACUCAGGGUUCGAAAUUCACUAUAUACAACUUGCAAAACGCGAGUUAGAAUUCCAAAAUUGCGAGUUAAAAAUUAGGUAACUCGAAAAAACUUGCCAGUUGAUUUUUUUGCAUUGAAACUGUAGCAAAAUUAUAUAAUAUGACAGAACACAAUGCUUUUGAUUUCAAUCAGUAAUUUUAAUAAAAGUCACCCUGUAUCUGUAUUUUGUGUAUUGUACAGUAGUUACUUUUUCCUUAAGUUACAUGUAUUUAAUUUAUAUAAAUUUAACUUUAUAUGAAAAUUGCGAGUAGUCUUAUAAAAUUGCGAGUUCACUUUCUUGGUACUCGCAAUUAUUUGCGAGUUGUAAUUUUAUGGAGUUUCUAACCCUGGUACUCAACAUUUCAUUAUUUGUUAGCUGUAUACAUUCUAUUGUAUCUCCACUCCUAAGUAAGGAAAAUAAGAUUUUAUCCCUUUUUGAAGAAAAAUGAUAAAUAUGUCUAAAACAUUUAGAAAGUUCUAAACCUUUAACAAAGGACUAGAAUCACCAACAUGUAUCUUUAACAAGAUUAAUCCCCAGUCCUGUAACAAAAUCGGCUGAUCAUUAGAAACUUUGGUAUGAAAGAAGAAGUAUCAGAUGUUUGAAACCUAACUCUCUAAAGUAGCUCAUCUUGAGUGUUCAAUAUUGAGUAAAUAAAAGAUUCUGAUUGAUUUUAGCAUUGCAUAUGUUAAAAGAGAUUGAAAUGUGUGAGAAGGAUGUACAAUAUACAGGUUUCUUGAUCAGUAAGCAUGAGUACUAAAAGUCAAGUGUGUACUUUGAGUCAUGCAUGCUCAAAGAGGGUCUCUCUUUCCCUCCAUCUGUGUUUCAAUUAUAAAAGCCAUGGAAGAAAAUAUGAACACUAUAUUAACAGUUGUUAGUUUCAACAAACAGCAGAAAAUCUGAAAUAUCUUGUUUAAUGAUGAGUCUGUUCAAUAUGUACAUUAUCAACACUGAGGAAAAUUUGUUUGACUUAAAAUUUGAGAGUAAAUUUUUUGAUAAGUACAGAUUUUAUCUCUUAGACAGUAUCACACUUUGUUGAUCUGUUACAAUAUUUUAUGUUCUGAUUGUGAGAGGACUGAUUAAUUUGAUUUAGAAUGUCACAGAUAUUAAAUUGCAUUAUAGAAUGAUGUCAAUGAACUGUUGGCUUCU